AUGCUGGGUGCCGUUCAAGAAGAUUCGGAAGAAAAUGGCAUGCGUCUGGCAGGCGUGAUUCUGCAUCGUCCACGGCACCGAUUCGCCCUGGAACAGUCUGUACGAUCCUUUGCUCUUCUCAAUAAACGACAUGCGUCUCACGAUCCACAAUUUAAAGAGGUAACUCUCGUGUGCUGUCUGCUGUUCACACUGUCAGACCUAUUAUUGGGGCAGUAUAAUACAGCCUUGCGGCAUCUCCGGAGUGGUCUCCAAAUUUUAAAUGAGGCAGAUACUUAUACACACUGCUUACCAGCCAUAGACCAGUCUCUGGUCGAAGCCUUCGUAAGGCUGGACACACAAUCAUCGCAUUUCGCGACGGAUGGGCCGCUCUUGCAUCUGAAACGGGACGGAAAGGAGUGGUCCCCCAGCGAUACAAUUCCGUUGCCUCGCAAUGUGCAAGAAGCUCGACGGCAACUAAACCACGUAUUAUGCAAAGGCAUUCCGUUUCUCUCCGAGUGUUGGGUGCUUUCCAGUACGGAGAUCAAGCUCAACUAUACCUCACUGCGUCGAACACAACAGAGCCUUCUUGCUUCUCUGUCUCAGCACAAACAACGAUUAGAACUGUUCUGUAAACAGUCAUAUGCCAAACUCAGCGCGAAGGAACAACGAGGGGUGGAAAUAAUCCGACUACACUACCUCGAUCAGAUCCUGAGUAUCAAAACCUGCUUUUUCAACGGCUCAAUCCCCGGAUACCUGACCCCGGAAUACGUGGCCUUGUUGUCCGCCCAUGAAUCGCUGAUGGCAAAAUUCCCGGAGCGUUCCACAAUCACGUUGGACAAUGGCAUUAUCCCGGGACUAUAUAUCGUAGCAUCCAAAUGUCCCGACUAUCGUGUGCGCUUACGAGCAAUCAGAGCGCUCCAGUCCUGGCCGCACUGCGAAGGCUUGAUAAAUUCCAACAUAAUUGCUUCUUUGGCUUUUGAGUCUCUCAAACGAGAGCUCAUAAAAGUGAACAAGGCCGAGCUCUCCCUCAUAGUUGGGGACAACGAAGAAAAAUUGGUCCGCUUCUUGUUUGACACCCUAAGUUGCACUAAGCAUGCUGCAUAUUGGUCAGUCGUUAGAGCUUCGAGAAUUCUGCAGGAUAGGCCUUGA